AUGUCAUUAAAAGUAGCUUACAUACCAGAACAUUUCUCAACUCCACUAUUUCUUGCUGAAAAACAUGGUUACUACAAAGAAAAAAACCUAUCAAUCGAAUUCAUCCCAGUCCCAGAAGGUAGUGGUAAACUCAUAAAAUUAUUAAACUCAAAAGAAGUAGACUUAGCUAUUGGAUUAACUGAAGCAUUCAUAGCUGAAAUUGGGAAAGGAAACGAUGACUUAAAAUUAUUAGAUACUUAUGUCAAUUCUCCAUUGUUAUGGAGUGUGUCAACUGGAAACAAUCGUAACGAACUUACAAAUUUACAAGAUUUAAAAAAUCACAAAGCAGUAGGUAUAUCUAGAAUUGGAAGUGGAUCAUACGUUAUGAGUUUUGUAUUAGCUCAUUCUAUUGGAUUGGAUAAAUUUGAAGAUUUUAAAGUUUGUUCUACUUUUAAAAAUUUAAGAGAUUCUGUUAAUUUAAUAAAAAGUUCAGAAUUUGAAAAUAGUGAUUUUUUUAUGUGGGAAUUUUUUACAAGUAAGAAAUAUUAUGAUAAUAAGGAAAUUAAAAAAAUUGGAGAAAUAUAUACACCAUGGCCAAGUUGGAUUAUUGUUGGUAAUUCCACCUCCGUAAUUGAAAAGAAACAAGAUAUUUCAAAUUUCAUUAGUUGUAUAAAUAGAGGAAUAAAAUACUUUAACGAUCAUUUAGAUGAGUCAAUUGAAUACAUUGCUAACAAUUUGGAUUACUCAACUGAAGAUGCUCAAAACUGGACCAAAACUGUUGAAUUCAACAAUAAGAUUGGUGAAGUUCCUUUAGACUGGGAUAAAAUAGUUACUAAUACUACUAAAGUAUUAAAAGAAGCUGGAGUAUUAAAAGAUGAUGAUUCUGAAAUUGAAGAAAGGUUGGAUUCUAAUAUCUAUAAAACUAAUAUAUAA